GAUGGCAAGGAGUUUGAGCCGACGGGCAAUGCGUUCCAAGUGAAAGGAGCCUUGGCUAACGCAGUUCUCCACGCUUUUGGUGGACGACAUCAGGUAGAUGACCUGAAGAAGGCAAUCAAAGCGGAAGAGGAACUGUCCAUCGCAGCAUCCAAGAUUGAUGUAUACAGCCAGAAGGAUAGGGCCUGGGUGAAGGAAGCAAAGAUGUCAGCAAGUCUGCGCGACAAAGAU